CACCAUGAAAUUGUUAAAUGAAAAAAAAUAUACAUAGCGUUGUUUCAGUGUUGUAGUUUUCUAAAGUAAUUCUCUGUUUUCGCGCAAUAACACUUGAAAUACAUAUGAUAUAGAGGCGACCUUGGGGGGAUGUUGAAUAGCACAUCUACUUGUGACGUCAGAGUCAUGUGAGCAAAGUUCCAUCAUGGCUCCCAAUGCCUGACGUGUGACUACGGACAGGAAGUUGGGAGGUUUAUUUUGAGACAACGCAGGCACGAUCAGUGGUUUCUGAUGUGUGCAAAAUGGGGGACUCUCUCGAGUCCACAAAUGUGGACCCAGAAAACCAACUUCUUGGGUCCUCCACAGGCUCCCUAGACUCUAGUGGAAGGAAGGUUAGACCACCAAACAAGAAACGCUAUGAAGAAGAACUUGAAGCCCUCCAGAACACUAUCAAGGAAAAAGAAGCUGAACAUAGGUCAAUCACACAACACCUGAGUGAUGACACACACAAGAAUGGCCUCCGUACCAUGAGGUCUGAGAAGAGUGCCUUUAUAGACAGACUCAAACAUAUUGAACAGGAGCUGAAAAACCUUAACUCGGACAUCUCAAAAAAGAAAGCUGAACUAGACCGGUUGCAAUCUUCUCUACAUUAUAAGAGCGAGGACCGGAUUGACCAUUCCAUUACAAGACUUGAUUCUCUGCUUAAGAAGCAGAACUUUAAACUCUCUGAAGAAAAGAAGAUUGUCAGUGAAAUUGAUAGCUUGAAACGCUCAAAGAAAGUUUUACGAGAUUUUCUGGCACUGAAGAAAGAAAAUGAUGAUAUGCGAAGCAGGCAGAAAUGUCUGCGAGAGGAGCGAGAUAAUUCUCAGAAGUUGGUUAACCAGCUUCGUCGCAAAGAAGAAGAACAUAAAGGAACUGUUCAGAAGAAGAAAUUCAGAAAGGACACCCUCAAAAAAGAGCUUGACAAUCUGUAUGAUAUGAAGCGGCGCCUGGUACAAGAUUUUAAGCAACAGGAGAAAGAUUAUGUUGAGGUCAAAGGAGAGAGUCGUCGACAGAAAAGGAAAGAGAUUGUAAAGAAAAAAGAGGAGCCAUGUUCCCAAAUGGAGGCAUUCCAAAAGUCACUCGAGGAGUACACUUUACAGCGAGAACCUUACACAGACGAGAUCAACUUGUGUAAUACGCUAAUUUACUACCUACAGAAAUAUAUUCAGUCCUCAGACGACCUGCCUCAGGAGGACCCACCUGUCAGUAAGAGUCUGAAUUUGUCCUCUUCCAACUGUUCUGCUGAACUGGCGGCUGAGCUGGAGGAGGGAAUUUAUGUCCUCAAACGUAAGACAGAAGAUGAUUCAGAAUAUCCAGGGACAGGCCGACGUUCAGGGAAACGCCGACCCAGUAAAAAGGGCAAACGUCUCUCAUCAGUUACAAAGCCUGUGACUCACACACCUCAAAUAUUUUCCCAGUUUGCCUCCCUAAAUCUGAAUGCGCCUUCUAAUCAUUCCGAAAUUCCAGCUUCCUUAGAGCAACUGCAAGCUCGCAAGGAAUUCUAUAAGAAUGGUUGCCAGCCAAAUCAGUCCAUUGCUGCACCUGCUAUUGAGGAGCACCACACUAGUGAUGCCGGCGUUUCCACCAGUGACGCAGGGAUCUCCCUCACAGAGAGCGGGAUGUGUGAGAUGUCACGCCAGGCUAGCAACACGGAAAGUACAGAGAACCCAACUGAGCUGCCAUUUUCCUUUCUGGAUGAACUGGUGAAGUUGUCAAGUGAGGAGACUGUAUCUGAAACUAUGUCGGAAGUUUCAGAGGAUACUCUGGGGCGUAGUAAUUCCAAUUCCGAUUCCACUGAACAUGCUCACUCAGAAGGUGACUUAUCAGACGGCAUUCCAACAUCUGGGCAGGACAAAGAAAAAGACAAUAACAGUGAUAUAGGUGCUGUGAAAGUAGAGACAGCAAGUGUGAGUAUAGUGGGGGAGAAAUGUGAAACUGCAGAACCAAUGCUCAAGCAAACAAAAAAUGAUAUGGACAAAGUCCUCACAAAUCAGGGGGCGGAGCAAACAAAAGACAUUUCACGUAUGCAGAAACUGAGUAUAUGUGACACCUCUGUUAGCAAGGGGUCAAAGGUUAGGGAAGUUGUGUCGGAUGACUGUCAGGAGACUGACUAUGAGUUUGACAUGCCGCCAGAAACCUCACCAUGUGUGUCUUGAUGUUUGUAGUAACUUAGUCACCAUGACUGUCUUAUGUGUUGUGAAUGUUGCAUUCACGGGCUGAUAAAUGUCCUUGACUUCUACAUUGAAUGGUUAGAAACCUCAAUCAAUUUGAUACAUAGCUCAAUAUUUGUAUUUUUAUCAUAAUUUUAUUUUCUUCAUUUUUCUGUCAGAUUAGUUUUUAGAUUAUAAGAUUAUUUUACAAAGUUGUAUAAAGAGAUGUUAUUUAUAUACUAUGUAACAAUAGUAAAUUUGAUGUCCUUUUCUACCAAUCUGUGUAAAAUUCAAAGACAUUUACGGUUAAUUGUACAUUGUGCUGGUAUUUAUAUAUUCAAGAGAUGAUCACAGUAGAAUAAUUAGCUAUAUUUUGUGAGAUUUUAAUGUAAAUGGUGGAAUAAAUUCUACAGUAUGAUUGGGAAAAUAGCAUGAAUUUUAUUUAGGAUAAUGUGUAUUUUAUAGAAUCUAACAAAUUUACUUUGCUGGUUGCUUUAGACCGCAGUAAAGAACCUACAAAGUCAUAAUUUACUGUUUUAAUAUUGUUCGAGUUUUCUGGACAUACAUUGUUCAUUCUUCAUCAUUUCCAUUUUGAUUAUGUAGAAAAACAGAGAAACAAUCAUAAUAAAAACCUAAAGUACAGAUA